AACAUAAUGAGUAAAAUCUUAAAUGAUUGAGAUCAUCUCUCUAUUUAAGCACUAGACAUCACUCUCAUCUUCCUCCACAAACCAUUUUUCACUCCUAUUCUUCAACACAGCAGCAAUGGCGAUCAAGGUCUACGGCCACCCCUUUUCCCCCGCAGCGAGAAGGGUUCUUGUCUGCCUAGCAGAAAAGGGCCUCGAUUACGAGAUCGUGUUGGUCGAUUUAGCAACCGGCCAGCAGAAGAAGGAGCCCCUAAUCUCAAUCAACCCAUUCGGGCAGGUGCCGGGAUUCGAAGAUGGCGAUCUCAAGCUCUUCGAAUCGAGAGCCAUAACGAGAUACAUCGCGCAUGCAUACGCCGACAAGGGAACUCCACUAAUCUCGGAGGAUCCGAAGAAGAUGGCCAUCAUCGGUCUGUGGUUGGAAGUGGAAUCUCAGAAAUUCGACGCCGCCGGCCAGAAACUGAGCUUCGAGAUUCUGGUGAAGCCCAUGAAGGGGAUGGCCGUGGACGAGGCCGUGGUGGAACAGGGGCAAGCCCAGCUGGCGGCGGUUCUCGACGUGUACGAGGCCCGUUUGGGCAAGUCCAAGUAUUUGGGCGGCGACGACUUCUCCUUGGCCGAUCUGCACCACAUUCCGAUCAUCGCCAACCUGAUGAAGACCAAGGUGAAGGCGGUGUUCGACGCGCGGCCCUGCGUCGCCGCCUGGGCCGCCGCGCUCUUGGCCCGCCCCGCUUGGCAGAAGAUAAAUGCGGCUUAGCCACACACACAAUUCUGCACAUGCUAAGUUGUUGGUUUGUGUUUAAUGAGUUGGUGUAGCUCUUGCUCAUGAAUUCUCUACUUCUUUUAACAUAAUUUGAGUUUAUGAUGCUGGAAAUUGCACAACUUGAUUGCA